AGGGGAGGGGUCGGCGCGGGGCCGCGCGGCGGCGGCGGGAGCGCGCUUGGCGGCAGCUGGUGGCCCGGCGGGGCACCGGCACCCUCGGCUGCACCGCGCCGGCCAUGGAUCCCUUGCCCAAAGACGGCGAGAGCGGGGAGCCCAGCCGGGGAGCGGCCCCCUCCAGCGGGGUGGUGGUGCAGGUCCGGGAGAAGAAGGGCCCCCUGCGCGCCGCCAUCCCCUACAUGCCGUUCCCCGUGGCUGUCAUCUGCCUCUUCCUCAACACCUUCGUGCCGGGGCUGGGAACGUUUGUCUCCGCUUUCACCGUGCUGUGCGGAGCCCGGACUGACCUCCCCGACAGGCACAUGUGUUGUGUGUUCUGGCUGAACAUUGCUGCUGCUCUGAUUCAGAUCCUGACAGCGAUCGUGAUGGUUGGCUGGAUUAUGAGUAUAUUUUGGGGGAUGGACAUGGUCAUCCUCGCAAGUAAGUAAGGCUACAAGGAACAGGGGAUCCCACAGCAGCUGUAGUGGCUGGGACAAGUAUGGUCAGAGAGACACGGCGAGAGAUUUCCUUUGGCAGCUGUGGGCCACGGACCUUUUCAUUACCCUUUGUCUUUCUUCUUCCUUUUGUUUUGUUUCCUUCUGUCUGAACCUGGUCCAUCUGCCCAUCCAGCAGAGCGGAGGUGCAGAGCAUCCGACAGAGACUUGCACUGAUCCCAUUGAGCAGCAGAGAUGGGGCAAGCACGGUGUGGGGUAGGACUGGUCCUGGCCAGCACACGAUGGGCGGCUGAUGAGGAGGAGAAGGAUGGUGCCAGGAGAACGAAACACCCUUGGCAAAGGGGCUGGAGGUGCUGCUUUCUCUCUCCUCCCAGUAGCUGAAGAUGUUUUGCCUCCUUUUUAUGCUCACUGUUAAAGGAAACCGGCUGCAGACAUCGAAUGCCAAGGAGCUAUUCAGAGAUAACGUCUACAGUAUAUAAGAGCAAACCAGUUGUACUUUCCCCCACCCUGAGAGUCCAUCCUUGACUGCUUCGUGGUAGCAGAGGGCUCAGCCCAGCCUCCCCUGCUCACUGUAUAUAUGAUGCUCAAUGAAGCUCUGUCCGUGCAGAUGUCUUGAGGACCGUGCUUGCUGUAAAUCAUGCUGUGCUGAUGAAGGGACUGAGGCCAUCCCCUGCUUCCAUCUGCUGGCACUAUGUGAUGAUCAGACCUCCCACCAGACCUGGGGGGACUUUAUCUAGCAAGGGACCUUGCCAAAGGCUUCUGUUGUAGAACAGUACUGGGGGAGCCAAGAAAGACUUUUUCUCCCCUCCCUCUGAAAGAGACUUGGUGGCAGUGUCUCCAUGCUUUGGAAAUGGAUCCCAUUGCAGCCCAGCACGUGUUCCUGGCUGAAGCAGCAUCCCUGCUCCACUUCUCCAAGGGCCAAACUCACCACCCAGCGCUCUCAUGCCUCUGUCUGGAGCACCAUAGGGAAAGGUCACCUCCUCCAGGACACCCACCACCACCGGAUAACUCGCCUCCCACUUGCAGGAGCCCUGCCAUGACCUCCCACCAGUGCCACACCACCACCGCAAACCAGUCCUUGUCUCCUUGCUGGCACAGCAAGAGGUCACAGCCAGUGAUCGCUUGGUCUGGCUGAAGGCACCCGGCAAUCCCAGCAGCAUCACCUGCUUUAUAAAUGUAGAUGUUUUCGAUGCAAGUUUUACAGCUAAAAAGAGCGAUAGUGGGUAAUGAAGAAUAAAUGCAGUUGCUUCCCCCC